AUGUCGAUGGUGUUCAUCUUUGUAAAAGGGGGCCCCAAAGAGCAUGUCCCCGGAGCCUCCUCUUCCUCAGACCAGUCCGAGAGCUCUUCUGGGGAGCACCAUGUCGUGGAUGGAGGCUCUCAGGGCCUUUCCCACUCAGAGCACGAUGACUCUUCUGAAAAGCUGGGCCUCAUCUCUGAAGCGGCCUCGCCUCCUGGGAGCCCCGAGCAGCGCCCGCCUGAUCUGGUCUCGGCCAUCAGCAGCUGGGUUCAGUUUGAAGAUGAUGCGCCCUGGGCCAGCUCAUCACCACCUCCUAAAGAAGCAGUGGGGACAGCCACAUCACUGACCAUGCCCUGCUGGACCUGCCCUUCCUUCGACUCCCUGAGGAGAUGCCCUCUGCCCUCCGAGAGCAGCUGGACCACACAUUCUGAAGACACCAGCAGUCCUAGUUUCGGCCCCUCGUACACAGACCUGCAGCUCGUCAGCGCUGGGGAGCAGAGUGGCCUGGCUUCCGGGGCCGACUCGACAGACAAUUCCUCCUCUCUGCAGGAGGAUGAAGAGGUAGAGAUGGAGGCCAUCAGCUGGCAGGCUGGCAGCCCAGCCGUGAACGGACACCCUGCCACACCAGUGACCUCUGCGCGUUUCCCCAGCUGGGUCACUUUUGAUGACAAUGAAGUCAGCAGCCCUUUGUCCCCCAUCACGUCUCCUCUGAAGCCAGAAACACCGCCUCUUGCCUCCGUGACCCCAGAUGGACCUUACAACUCAACAGGGUCAUUUAAGAAGCGGGAGCGGCCCAAGAGCACUUUGAUGAACUUCUCCAAAGUUCAGAAGCUAGACGUGUCCUCCGUAAGCCAUCCGCCUGCCGUGCCCGAGGCUCCACCUUGGAGGGCCACCAAUCCUUUUCUGAAUGAGACGCUACAGGAUGUACAGCCGUCCCCCAUCAACCCUUUCCGGGCUUUCUUUGAGGAGCAGGAGAGGCGAGCCCAGAACAGUUCUGUGUCCGGUACCCCAGGCAAGAGCCAGAGGGAUUCCCUCGUUGUCGUCUACCGGGACGCCAUCAGUUUUGAUGACUCAAGCCGAAACCAGUCACGCUCGGAUGCUGUGGAAAAACUCAAGCGGCUCCAAAUCGAGGAUUCCGACCACGUGGGGGGUGCCACGCUCCCUGAUGAUGACCCGACCGCCUGGACUGAACUGGAUGAGGACCCAGCCGGCUCCGAGCAGUCCCCGCCCAGAGACGGGUGGCCCAUGAUGCUUAGGAUCCCCGAGAAGAAGAACAUCAUGUCCUCCAGGCACUGGGGACCCAUCUACGUCAAACUGACGGCCGGUGGUUACCUGCAGCUGUUUUAUGAGCAGGGCCUGGAGAGGCCAUUCCGUGAGUUCAAGCUGGAGAUGUGCCAUGAGAUUUCCGAACCCCGGCUCCAAAACUAUGACGAGAACGGGAGGAUCCACAGCUUGCGGAUAGACCGCGUCACCUACAAGGAGAAGAAGAAGUACCAGCCUAAACCCGCCGUGGCCCACUCGGCCGAGAGGGAGCAAGUCAUCAAGCUGGGCACCACCAACUAUGAGGACUUCCUGAGCUUCAUCCGGGCAGUUCAGGACCGCCUCAUGGAGCUGCCCGUGUUGUCCAUGGAGCUGAGCACGGUCGGCCUGAACUACCUGGAAGAGGAGAUGACGGUGGACGUCCAGGAUGAGUUCUCUGGCCUCGUGAGCAAGGGGGACAACCAGAUCCUCCAGCACCGUGUCCUGACACGGAUCCAUGUGCUGAGCUUCCUCUCGGGCCUGGCCGAGUGCCGGCUGGGUCUCAACGAUGUCCUGGUCAAAGGGAACGAGGUGGUGUCCCGCCAGGACAUCGUGCCCACCACCACCACCAAGUGGAUCCGGCUCCACGAGUGCCGCUUUCACGGCUGCGUGGAUGAGGACGUGUUCCGCAGCUCGCGCGUCAUCCUCUUCAACCCUCUGGACGCCUGCCGCUUUGAGCUCAUGCGGUUCCGGACAGUGUUCGCCGAGAAGACCCUGCCCUUCACGCUCAGGACGGCGGCGAGCAUCCACGGGGCGGAGGUGGAGGUGCAGAGCUGGCUGAGGAUGUCGGCGGGCUUCUCCUCCAACUGGGACCCCCUCACCCAGGUCCCCUGCGAGAAUGUGAUGGUCCGCUACCCCGUGCCCAGCGAGUGGGUGAAAAACUUCCGCAGGGAAAGCGUCCUGGGGGAGAAGUCUCUGAAAGCCAAAGUGAACCGGGGGGCAAGUUUUGGCUCAGCCAGCAUCUCUGGCUCUGAGCCGGUCAUGAGAGUCACCCUGGGGACUGCCAAAUACGAGCAUGCCUUCAAUGCCAUCGUGUGGAGGAUAAACCGACUGCCCGACAAAAACUCAGCUUCUGGUCACCCACACUGUUUCUUCUGCCACCUUGAACUUGGCUCAGACCGGGAAGUGCCUUCCAGAUUUGCCAAUCAUGUGAAUGUCGAGUUCAGCAUGCCUACAACGUCUGCCUCCAAAGCUGCUGUGAGAUCCAUCUCGGUGGAAGACAAGACGGAUGUCAGGAAGUGGGUCAAUUAUUCCGCACACUACAGCUACAAGGUGGAAAUUGAGCAGAAAAAGAGUUUGAAGCUGGACUUGGAAGGAGACGACUUGGAAAAUCCCCAGGAGUGUGGGGUCCAGUGAUGAGGCCGUCUUGCAGGGGGUUCCUGACCCCAGCGGCACCAUAGGAUGUCUUCCUGAAUAGCUGAAAUUCAAGUCAGUACCUAGCACGGCUCCUCCCUGUGGAGAACAGUGUAUGGAUCCUCCUGUUUUGUAGUGACCUGUAUUCUAACAGGGAACCCUAAGGUGGCUGCCUGGGAGAGGCUCUGACUAUGCUGGAAGCACACGGGUCACCUGGCCUGUGGAGCUUACGGUAUAAUUAAGCCUCCCUCCACUCUUGCUUAUCUCAAGGCUCUUGGGUAUGGCUUGUCAUGACUGAUAAUAGUCAGGAAAAGAAAUCCACCCCCCCAUCAGUGUUGGUGUGAUUUCUUCCUGAUGUUCAUCUGUCAAUCAAUUUCUGGAAAACAAUUUCUUGAGAAGUUAAUUAACCAAGACUCCACCUCCAUCACUCCCUCUAAAGAAAGAAUGACAAAAGGUACAAAACCGAUUUCUUCUCUGGGUCUGCUAGACCUUUCUUAGGUGUCUCCACGCUUCAAAUGUUAGCACUAUGCAAGAAGGAAGUUUCUGAAAGGUUUUCUCCCAGGUUCGAAAUUGAAACACUUUUUCCAUCUUUCUAAAGUGUCAGCCCCAGGGUUCACCAUCCUGAGUCACAAUAGACAAUGGGGAAAAAGGCACAAUAGGAUGCUUUUAAAUUCUGUAAUUAGCCCUGUAUUCUGCAGAGUGGCUGUUGGACGGAAAGCAAAAUUGAGCUAUUUUUCUUCGUUCUGGGGAAAAGGAAUAUUCAUUUUGAGAUAAUAUUCAUUUCAGGAGACAGCUUCAAUCUCAGUGAUUUUCUAAAUUCACACUGAAAAAUAUAUGCCAUUUCUGACUCCUGAAAUAAAUGGAUGCAUAUAUCUCAGGCAUUUGUCAAGGGCAUUUUGGGAACUCCAUUUUAUACCUCAUAGCCAGUAGACACCUUCGUGUCUCUAACUCAAACUUUAUAGGAAAUGUAAUUUGAAAAGAUCAUUUUAAAAGUUGUUUCAAAAUUAAGCUUGUAUGAGCUUUUCCUAAAAAUUCACAGUUUGAUAAUCACAGUAUUCUAAUAGAUCUGAAAGGCAGAAAACUCUAGGGUAGAGAUAGGGGAAAGCCAUAUUUUUCUAAUGUUGGGAACCUUAAAUCCUGAUUCCAAGAAUCUAGGACACUCAAUAUUCUUUCUCUUCAUCUGUUCCUGCUCACGUUCUGUACCUCCACAUCCCAGAGGGAAUACUAGGAUCAACAAUUUAAAGGCAGCUUUUAUUUGCCUUCUUAGUUCUCUGAUGAAGAAAAGAGUAAGGAGGGCAGAAGGUACGCCUAUCAGAUUUAUAGAUGACCCAGAAGUAGACAUAUAUAUCUAGUCUGUUGACUAGUAGAUUCAGGAUUAAUUCAUCCCAUGAAUAUUCACUGAAUUCUAACUAUGUACUGACAUUAGGAUACAGAAAUCAUUGUAAUUUUUGAAAUAUGUGAACAUAAGACUGAAACUAAAAGGAUAAAAUUGAACAGGCAUUA